AUGGAGCGGGCAGGGUCCUCCGCCAAGUCCCUCUUCCCAAGAGGGCCCAGUUUCAGCUUGGAGGACUUCUCGAGCAAAGACUUUACCGUUCGCGAUUUCAUCGAUGACCUCGCCAACACUGCCGUACCGGCCAACCGAAGAUCGGGACCGGCCCAGGUCCAGUUCGAUCCUAAACCCCUCAUCCGUACAUUCGAAAAUGCUUUGGCUCAGCUCGCAGAACUUUCCGAAGACCUCCAGGAGAGGGAAUCCGAGCUCACAUCCCAGGUCCGCCGCGCCGAAGUCUCCCACAACCAGACACUCGACACUCUCGGCCGAAAGCUCGACCAAUCUAUAGAAGCCUUUGAAACCCUCAACAUCUCCCUCAACAACCCCGGCACCGAAGUCACCUCGGAAAGCGCGCGGGAUACCGCUGGCGGAAACGCUGCUGUCCAGAUUGGCGAGCGCCUCGAGGAGCUCGACCGGAAGCGCCGCCGCGCCCGUGAUGCCGGCUUCCUCAUCCGCUGCUGGCAAGAGCUCAGCGAAACGGGCCAGUUGACCUCCCUGGAAGACAUCCAGAAGCAAGGAAACGCCGACAGUAAGGUUCGCUGCGCCGUCAUCUCCCGCCAGCUGAUGCGCAUCAGCCGCCGCCUCGACCCCAUCUCGUGGGGCCAGACCAACGGCCUGAGAAACGGGUCAUCCGGCACCGCGGCUCUGGCGCCCAAGGGCCACAACACGAGGGAGAUUUUGGAGAAGUUUAGCGAGACGUUGGAGCAGGACCUGCUUAAACAGUUCAACAAUAGCUACCGCCGGCAGAAUUUCGACGACAUGCUGGAAUGCACCAAGGUGCUGCAUGAUUUCAAUGGCGGCGCCAGCGUCAUUGCGGCCUUUGUCAACCAACACCAGUUCUUCAUCGACCGCGACCAGCUCGUCAAUGACGAGGUUACCGCUGAUAGCAGUGCUUGGGAGGCCAUUGCGGAUCCAGACUCGGAAUCGCCAGGUGUCGAACCGAGCCUGCAGUCUCUUGUGGAUGAGGUUAAGAUCGUCAUGCAGGAAGAGUCCUUCAUUAUCAAGCGAGCGUUCCCCUACUACGAGACAGUCCUAGCCAAGUUCAUCCAGCGCGUCUUCCAGCAGUCGAUCCAGCAAAGACUCGAGGCCGUCCUCGAAAAGGCCGACUCCAUCUCCUCGCUCGCCUUCCUGCGGACCCUACACUCCUCGCGCAGCUACAUCAAUUCCCUUAUCGAAGACCUCAAGUCCCAUGGCCUCACAGAGCACCCGGAGCCAUGCUCAGCCCAAAUCUCACAGACCCUCGAUCAGCAGCUCGAGGAGCUCUUUGUGCCGUACCUUGUCGGCAACUCGUACAUUGGCCGGGAGAAGAAGAAUUUGGAGGAGCUCUAUUCCUCGCUCUUGCUCAAGUUUACCAUUUACCACUCGCGCAGGAAAAAGCCCACCGGUCACCCAAAGGCCAUGAUGCUGCGCAUUGCCGGCCUCAAGGACGACCAGUCCAAGAACGAGAUCGAAGUCUCGGAGCAGGACGGCGUCUUAAGCAUGGAGUACGCCAAGCGCAUGAUUAGGUGGCUCGCCGAGAGCGUGCGCAGAGCCCUCGAGCUCGGAUCCGCCAGCGAGACGCCCAAGGACGUGAGCAUACUCCUCAACCUCCUCCUGAAAAGCAUGGGCCAGGUCUACGUCGAGACAGCCCUCGAAGCCGCCCUGGACCAGGCGGUGUCGCAGGAGAAUUCGAGGGUCGAGCCCGACAUGACGUACCUCCCCUUGAUCCGACCCGCCGUCACCAUCACCAACGUCAUGGACCGCUUCAUCUCCACCGUGCUUAUCCGCCUCGCCGAGUCCAACACCACGGUCCGGCGGAACAUGGAGGCCCAGAAACGCACCGGCAUCGAGAGCAUCGAGGCCAAGACCAACAACGUGAUGAAGAGCACCGUCACCGUCGUGUCCAACUGGGUCACCAAGUCCCUCAACGGCCAGAAGAAGCUCGACUUCCGCCCCCGCGACGGCGAGCUCGACUCUCUCCAGACCGCCACCUGCCUCGCCAUUUGCACCUUCCUGUCCCGCUUCCAGGUCAACGCCACGGGCGGCCUCAUGGCCACCCAAGACCUGUCCAAGUACGUCUCCACCCUCAAGAGCUGGUCCCUCACCAAACAGGUGGAGACGGGCGUCGAGGUCCUCACCGAGGUCGGCUCCCUCUUCAUCGUCGGGCCCGAAGCCCUGAGGGAGAAGUCGAGGAACUUGACGUCGGCGCCCGCCGGCGCCGUGGGCCGGAAGCUCGCCAAAGCCGAUUUCAAGGCGUUUGUGCAGAAGAGGGACGACUCUUCCUCGGUGGGGAUCCAGAGUGUCCUAGCAGGCUUGUGA